CCUGCGGAGGCGCCGAGAGCACCCGGGCGCACCGGCUGGGCCAUGGGACACCUGUGGCUCGCGGCGCUCUGGGGCCUCUGGGCGCUGCUCCUCUCCGCGGCGGAUCCUCGCACAGAUGGCUCUAAAAUAAUACCCAAAGUGACAGAAGUCAUACCUAAAUAUGGCAGUGUGAAUGGAGCAACGAGGCUGACUAUCAAAGGAGAAGGUUUUUCACAAGCAAACCAGUUUAACUAUGGAGUUGAUAACGCUGAGUUGGGAAACAGCGUGCAAUUAGUUUCUUCUCUCCGGUCAAUUACUUGUGAUGUAGAAAAAGAUUCAAGUCAUUCAACUCAAAUUACAUGCUAUACUAGAGCAAUGCCAGAAGAUUCCUACGCAGUUCGGGUCAGUGUAGAUGGAGUCCCUGUUGCAGAAAACAACACCUGCAAGGGUCACAUCAAUAGCUGGGCUUGCAGCUUCAAUGUAAAAAGUUUCAGAACACCAAUAAUAAGAAGCAUCACACCUUUAUCUGGAACUCCAGGCACGCUGAUUACAAUCCAAGGCAGAAUUUUCACUGAUGUCUAUGGAAGUAAUACUGCCCUAAGCUCAAAUGGGAAAAAUGUUAGAAUUUUGAGAGUUUAUGCUGGAGGAAUGCCCUGUGAGCUUCUGAAACCACAAUCUGAUGAUUUGUAUGGGCUAAAGCUAGAUCAUGCGAAUGGAGACCUGGGUUCUAUGAUUUGUAAAGUAACUGGAACUUACAUUGGUCAUCACAAUGUCAGCUUCAUCUUAGACAGUGAUUAUGGAAGGAGUUUCCCACAGAAAAUGACAUAUUUUGUUUCUUCUCUCAACACAAUUUCAAUGUUUCAAACAUUUGCAGAGGUUACUACGAUUUCACCUUCAAAAGGAAGCAUUCAGGGUGGUACAAUGCUAACAAUAACUGGUCGGUUCUUUGAUCAGACUGAUCUCCCAGCGAGCGUUCUAGUUGGAGGACAACCUUGUGAUAUUUUGAAGGUCACAGAAAGUAGUAUAUGUUGCAAAACACCCCCCAGACCUGACAUUCUCAAAACUGUGUAUCCAGGUGGGAGAGGGCUGAGGCUUGAGGUGUGGAACGGCAGUCAGCCAGCACGCCUUGAGGACAUACUUGGAUUCGAUGAGACCACACCAGGGUACAUGGGUGCUGCCUGGGUAGAUUCCGCCUCCUACUCUUGGCCCAUGGAACAUGACACAUUUGUCGCACGCUUCAGUGGGUUUUUGGUGGCUCCAGAUUCUGAUGUUUAUAGAUUCCACAUCAGAGGUGAUGACCGUUAUGCCAUCUAUUUCAGCCAGACUGGACUUCCAGAAGACAAGGUGAAAAUUGCUUAUCAUUCUACCAAUGCCAACAGUUAUUUUUCCAGUCCAACACAGAGAUCAGAUGAUGUUCAUCUUCAGAAAGGAAAAGAAUAUUAUAUUGAAAUCUUGCUGCAGGAAUAUAGAUUAAGUGCUUUUGUUGAUGUUGGGCUGUACCAGCGUAGAACUGUAUAUACUGAAGAGCAAACAGGAGAUGCAAUAAGUGAAGAACAACUUAUAAAAUCCCAGUCGACAGUUAUACAGGAAGUACAGGUUAUAACUUUAGAAAACUGGGAAACAACCAUCCCAACAAAUGAAGUUCAGAAGAUCACAGUAACCAGCCCGUGUGUGGCAGCUAAUUCAUGUUCACGUUACCAGUACAGAUUAAUCUAUAACAUGGAAAAAACUGGCUUGCUACCUGCUGAUGCUUCUGAAGUCAUAUUGCAAUCUGCUUUAAAUGACCUCUGGUCUAUAAAGCCUGACACAGUUCGAGUAGUAAGGACACAAGAUUUCCAGAGCUAUAUAUACACAGUAACUUUCAUAUCAACUAGAGGUGACUUUGAUCUGCUCAGUUAUGAAGUAUUUGAAGGGAAUAAUGUUACAGUAGACGUUGUGGAGCAAACCAAAGGAAAACCCAGUCUGGAGACCUUCACGCUGAAUUGGGAUGGCGUUCUUUCUAAGCCUCUUACUCCGUGGUCAUCAGAAGCUGAAUUUCAGGUAGCUAUGGAAGAAAUGGUCAGCACUAAAUGUUCACCACAAAUUGCACAUUUUGAAGAAGGAUUUGUUGUGAAAUACUUCAGAGACUAUGAAACUGAUUUUAACUUGGAAAAUGUUAAUAGAGGGCAGAAGACAGCGGAGAGUGGUGCUUACUGUGGCCGUUAUUCCCUGAAAAACCCAUCUGUUCUCUUUGACUCAGCAGAUGCUAAACCAAACAGACUACCAUAUGGAGACAUUUUAUUAUUUCCUUAUAAUCAGUUAUGUUUAGCAUACAAAGGAUUCUUGGCAAAUUAUAUUAGUCUAAAAUUUCAGUACCAAGAUAAUGGCAAGAUUACCAGAAGUACAGAAAAACAAUUUAUGUACAACUUUGCUCAAGGGAACAGCUGGACCUAUACUUGCUUAGACCUUCUGGACCUCAUACAGAGCAAACAGACUGGAACAAACUUUUCUCUUCAAAGAAUUAGUUUACAGAAAGCUACAGAAAAACAAUCCUUCUAUGUGGAUGUACUAUACAUCGGACAGGUAUCUACAACCUCCACGCUGGAUGAAAUGGCCAAGAGAAGACUUCCAGCAUUAGCGAAUAAAGGAAUAUUCUUAAAGCACUUUCAAGUGAAUGAAAGCAAAAGAGAUGAAUCUUCCAUGACAAUCCAAUAUUCUGUCACCAUGAUGUCAUAUAAUUGCAGUCACAACAUACCCAAGCUGGCUGUGAGCUUUGGACAGAUAAUCGCAAGCGAGACAGAAAAUGAGUCUGUUUACAGAGGAAGUAAUUGGCCAGGAGAGUCAAAGAUUCGCAUUCAAAGAAUUCAAGCAGCUUCACCCCCUAUAAGUGGCAGCUUUGACAUUCAAGCUCAUGGGCGUGUUCUCAAAGGCAUCCCCGCUGCUGCAUCAGCUGCAGAAGUGCAGUUUGCGCUCCAGAGCCUGGAGGAGGUGGGGCGAGUCACAGUGACGCGAGAGGGAACCUGUGCUGGGUACUCCUGGGGCAUCACAUGGCGAAGCGUGUGUGGAAGGCAGAAUCUACUCCAGAUUAAUGAUUCCAAAAUUAUUGGAGAAAAGGCUAAUGUGACCGUUACAAAGAUAAAGGAAGGUGGCUUAUUCAGACAACACAUACUUGGAGACCUACUUCGCACUCCCCAUCAACAGCCCCAGGUUGAAGUCUAUAUCAAUGGAAUUCCGGCAAAAUGUUCAGGUGACUGUAGUUUUACAUGGGACCCCACAGCCACUCCCCAGAUCUUGGCCAUAAGCCCUUCUCAAGGGUCCUAUGAGGAAAGCACAAUUCUAACCAUAGUAGGCUCUGGAUUCUCUCCCAGCUCAGCUGUAUCAGUCUCUGUUGGACCUACUGAUUGUUCUCUUCUUUCUGUGGAGGAAAAUGAGAUCAAGUGCCAGAUUCUGCACGGAAGUGCUGGGCGUUUACCAGUUGCAGUGUCUGUGGCUGAUACUGGACUAGCACAGAGCACAGAGAGCCAGGGAUUUCACUUUGUUUAUCAGAGUCAAAUCGCACACAUCUGGCCUGAUUCUGGAAGUCUGGCAGGUGGGACUUUAUUGACCCUAUCUGGAUUUGGCUUUAGUGAAAAUUCAACAGUUUUAGUUGAAAAUGAAACCUGUAAUGUGAUUGAAGGCAAUUUAAGUAGAAUAAUCUGCAGAACACCAAAAAGGAGUGAAGGCACAAUUGAUGUAUCAGUCAUCACCAAUGGAUUUCAAGCCACUGCCAGGAAUGUUUUCAGAUAUAAUUGCUUGCAGACUCCAGUUAUAACAGAUUUUAGUCCAAAAAUACGGAAAAUUCUAGGAGAUGUUAACUUCACAAUUAAGGGCUAUAACUUUGGAAAUGAGCUCACACAGAACAUAAAGGUGUAUGUUGGCGGGAAAUCCUGCCAAAUUCUCCACUGGAACCUCACAGAUAUUAGAUGCCUUUUACCAUUGCUGUCUCCUGGAAAACAUUCUUUCUAUGUAGAAGUCGGAAACUGGGGUUUUGCAUCAACAAGUGACAAGUUAAAUGCUUCGGUACAGUAUGUCUUGGAAGUGACAGGCAUGUUUCCACAUAGAGGAUCCUUGUACGGCGGGACUGAAAUCAUUAUAACGGGUGCUGGGUUCAGCACAGUACCAACUGAGAAUUCUGUCCUCCUAGGGUCUUUCCCUUGCAAUGUUACAUCAUCAUCAGAAAGCAUCAUAAAAUGUACUCUGUGUUCAACAGGGAAUGUGUUCCGAAUUACCAACGAUGGGGAUGACUUAGUGCAUGGAUUAGGCUAUGCCUGGUCACCAUCCGUCCUGAACGUGUCUGUAGGAGACACAGUGAUAUGGCAGUGGCGCUCACAUCCACUUCUUAGGGGAGUAGGCUAUCGGGUGUUCUCUGUCCCCAGUCCCGGAAGUGCGAGUUACAAUGGCGAGGGAUUUACAAAUGGAAGACAGAAAUCUCUAUCAGGUUCAUUUUCUUACCAGUUUACCUCACCUGGAAUCCAUUAUUAUAGCAGUGGCUAUGUUGAUGAGGCUCACUCCGUUUCCCUCCAAGGAGUCAUUAACGUUUUACCAGCUGAAACCAGGCACCUUCCCCUGCACCUGUUUGUGGGUAGCACUGAGGCCACAUAUGCUCAGGGAGGACCCGAGAACUUGCACUUGGGAAGCCCUGUAGCCAGCUGCCUAGCAACAGAACCCCUGUGUGGUGUGGAUGAUACCAAGGUUAAACACUCAAAUGCAUUUCUGUUUGAGCUUUCAAGGUGUGUGUCACCAUCUAUAAGCAGCAUUACUCCAUCAGCUGGGACAGUGAAUGAACUGAUAACAAUUACUGGGAGUGGCUUCAGUAAUCUCACAUGCGCUAAUAAGGUUACAAUUGGUCACUACCCUUGUGUUGUAGAAGAAAGUAGUGCCAAUUCUAUCAUGUGCCGUGUUGACCCUCAAAACUCCAUGCAGGUUGGCAUCCGAGAGUCUGUCACUUUGGUUGUCUACAACCUUGGCACUGCUAUCAACACCUUGUCCAAUGAAUUUGACAGACGAUUUGUUCUCUUGCCGAACAUCAACAUGGUGUGGCCAAAUGCAGGGUCAACGACAGGAAUGACGAGGGUGACCAUACUGGGCUCUGGGUUUGCAGUUUCUUCAGCAGGUGUUGAGGUCUUUAUGGGUCACUUCCCAUGUAAAGUUCUCACAGUGAAUUAUACAACCAUCGAAUGUGAAACCUCCCCUGCACCCCAGCAGCUUGUGAAUGUGCAGCUUCUGACUCACGGGGUGCCUGGUCUCUGUCAGGGGAGCUGCAGCUUUUCCUAUUCUGAUAGCAUCACUCCUUCCAUAACAGGAAUCUCCCCAAGCACUAUCACAGAACCUGCAAAAGUUUUUAUUGAAGGAGAAGGUUUGGGGACUACAGUGGAAGACAUUGCUGUUUUCAUUGAAAAUCAACAGCUCAGGCCAGUGGACGUGAAUGAGAAUAACAUGACUGUUCUGGUGUCCUCCCUCCCAGCUGGACUUCAUCCUGUCAGAGUAGUGGUAGGCACUAAAGGCUUGGCUCUGGGAAACCUGACCGUCAGCAGCCCCAUGAUUGCAUCUGUCUCCCCAACCUCCGGAAGCCUUGGUGGUGGAACUACUUUAGUCAUCAUAGGGAAUGGUUUCCUCCUUGACAAUACCAUGGUCAGGGUUGGGGAGGGCCCCUGUCAGAUUAUGCUUGCCAACUCCAGCGAGGUCCACUGUAGCACCCCAGCAGGGGGAGCGGGAAAGGUCGACCUGCAGAUCUUGGUGAAUGGAGCGCCUUACCCUCCUUUAUCAUUCACGUACACUGUGGAGGAUACCCCAUUUCUCAGAGGAAUUACCCCAAACACAGGUCCACCAGGAACCGAAAUUGAGAUUACUGGAUCUAACUUCGGUACCGCUAUCUCAGAAAUUUCAGUGAUGAUAAGUGGCACUGCUUGUAACGUGACCAUGGUCAAUGACAGUGUGCUGCGGUGUGCUCUUGGGGAUCAUGCUGGUGGCAUAUUUCCUGUGGCGCUGCUCCACAAGACAAAAGGCUUUGCUGUGUCCACUGUUGUAUUUGAGUACCCUCUUCAUAUUCAAAAUCUUCACCCACAGCAAGGGAGCUUUGGUGGUGGCCAAAUCCUGACUGUGACAGGUGCCGGGUUCAAUCCGCAAGAUUCCGUCAUCUUGAUUUGCAGCUCAAAAUGUGCAAUUGAUAGACUCAGAUCUGACCACACAACAUUAUUCUGUGAAACUCCACCUAGUGAAGGUGUGGGACCUGACCAAGCGUGCGAAGUGAGUGUAGUCAAUGGGAGAGAUUCCUCAUGGUCCACGACUCUGUUCACUUACAAGAUGGCACUGACCCCACUUGUCACUGAAAUAUCUCCCACGAGAGGCAGCACAGCAGGAGGCACCAGACUUUCAGUGCUGGGAUCAGGAUUCAGUGAAAAUCCACAGGAUGUUCACAUCACCAUUGCUGAAGCCAAAUGUGAUGUUGAGUAUUCCAACAAGACAUAUAUCAUCUGUGUGACAAAUGCUCAUAGUCCUUCGGGGUGGGCUUCCGUCCAUGUCAACAUCAGAAAUAUCGGCCUGGCUAAAAUGGAGAAUACUGACUUCCUCUACAUUGAUGCUUGGUCCUCCAACUUCUCAUGGGGGGGAAAGCCUCCCCCAGAGGAAGGGUCCCUUGCUGUGAUUACAAAAGGACAGAUACUUUUGCUGGACCAAAGCACGCCUGUUCUGAAAGUCUUGCUUAUUCAGGGUGGAACUCUAAUCUUUGAUGAAGCUGACAUUGAACUCCAGGCAGAAAAUAUUCUGAUUACCGACGGAGGCAUUCUGCAGGUGGGCACGGAGGCGGCGCCCUUCCGGCACCGGGCGGUCAUCACCCUGCACGGCCACCCGCGCUCCCCGGAGCUCCCGGUCUACGGUGCCAAGACGCUGGCGGUGCGCGAGGGCACGCUGGACCUGCACGGUUUGCCAGUUCCUGUGGUCUGGACUCAGCUGGCUCGGACGGCAGAGGCAGGGACAAGGACUUUGAUAUUGCACGACGCAGUGACGUGGAAAGCGGGAGAUUCCAUUGUAAUUGCAAGCACGGGACACAGACACAGCCAACGAGAAAAUGAAAAAAGGACCAUUGCAUCUGUAUCGGCUGAUGGUGUAAACAUAACACUAACUCAACCAUUGAACUACACGCACUUAGGAAUCACCAUCACGCUCCCUGAUGGAACUGCAUUUGAAGCAAGAGCAGAAGUUGGGGUUCUUACAAGAAAUAUCAUAAUAAGAGGGUCUGAGAACGUGGACUGGAAUAACAAAAUUCCAGCAUGUCCUAAGGGAUUCGACACAGGUGAAUUUGCUACACAGACGUGUCUGCAAGGAAAAUUUGGAGAAGAAAUAGGAAGUGACCAAUUUGGAGGUUGCAUAAUGUUUCAUGCGCCCCUGCCUAGUGCUAACAUGGUAACGGGAAGAAUAGAGUAUGUAGAGGUAUUCCAUGCUGGCCAGGCUUUCCGGCUGGGCCGAUAUCCAAUACAUUGGCACCUACUUGGAGAUUUGCAGUUCAAAUCUUACGUAAGAGGCUGUGCCAUUCACCAGUCCUAUAACAGAGCUGUUACUAUCCAUAACACACAUCACCUUCUGGUUGAGAAGAAUAUUAUCUAUGACAUCAAAGGAGGAGCAUUUUUUAUAGAAGAUGGUAUCGAACAUGGCAAUAUUCUGCAAUAUAACUUGGCUGUAUUUGUUCAGCAAAGCACUAGCCUUCUGAAUGAUGAUGUGACACCUGCGGCAUUUUGGGUGACUAACCCAAACAACACCAUACGGCACAAUGCAGCUGCUGGCGGCACUCACUUUGGCUUUUGGUAUCGAAUGAACAACCACCCGGAUGGACCAUCCUAUGACCGAAACAUCUGCCAAAAAAGAGUUCCUCUUGGAGAGUUUUUUAACAAUACCGUACAUUCUCAAGGAUGGUUUGGACUGUGGAUCUUUGAAGAAUAUUUCCCCAUGAAAACAGGAUCAUGUACUUCUACUGUGCCCCUACCUGCGGUUUUUAAUUCACUUACUACUUGGAAUUGUCAAAAAGGAGCUGAGUGGGUCAAUGGAGGGGCCCUGCAGUUCCACAAUUUUGUGAUGAUAAAUAACUAUGAAGCUGGAAUCGAAACCAAGAGGAUCCUAGCUCCUUAUGUUGGAGGAUGGGGAGAAACCAAUGGAGCAGUGGUUAAAAAUGCUAAAAUUGUCGGUCAUCUUGAUGACCUGGGAAUGGGGUCCGCAUUUUGCACAUCAAAAGGCUUGGUCCUCCCAUUCAGUGAGGGCCUGACUGUGUCUUCUGUACAGUUUAUGAAUUUUGACCGUCCCAACUGCGUAGCUUUGGGAGUGACAUCCAUCACGGGAGUUUGCCAUGACAAAUGUGGAGGGUGGAGUGCAAAAUUCAUCGACAUCCAGUAUUUUCACACACCUAAUAAGGCAGGCUUUCGAUGGGAACAUGAAGCUGUACUAAUUGACAUUGAUGGCUCACUUACAGGGCGCACAGGGCACACAGUCAUUCCGCACAGCUCACUGCUCGACCCUUCGCACUGUGUUCAGGAGGCCCAGUGGAGCAUUGGGUUCCCCGGCUCUGUCUGUGACGCCUCUGUCAGCUUCCACCGUUUAGCCUUCAACAAACCUUCCCCAGUAUCUCUACUUGAAAAAGAUGUGGUUCUCUCGGAUUCUUUUGGCACUAGCAUUGUUCCCUUUCAGAAGAAGCGACUGACUCAUACGUCCGGGUGGAUGGCAUUGAUUCCAAAUGCCAAUCACAUUAACUGGUAUUUCAGGGACAUGGAGCACAUCACCAACAUAUCAUAUACAUCAACAUUCUAUGGAUUUAAGGAAGAAGAUUAUGUAAUUGUAUCACAUAACUUCACUCAAAGCCCUGAUAUGUUUAGUGUUGUUGAUACGAGGAACGGCUCUUCAAAUCCACUGAACUGGAACACUAGCAAGAAUGGAGACUGGCACCUCGAGGCAAACACUAGUACUCUGUAUUACUUGGUGUCAGGAAGAAGAGAUCAUCAGAGCCAGUCCAUUUCUGGAACCCUGGACCCGGAUGUAAAAGAUGUUGUUAUUAACUUCCAAGCUUACUGCUGCAUCCUUCAAGACUGCUUUCCUGUCCAUCCCCCAUCAAGAAGACCAAGUCCCAGGAAGCGGCCAGCCACUUACAUGUAUGAAGGAGAAGAGAUUGUGAUAACUACCACAAGUUAUGAUAUACACCAGACAGAAACUAGAAGUAUUGUUAAAGUCCUGCAUGGUCGCAGAAUCCUCAUUCUCAAUGAUAGCCUUUCCUACAGUCACUUUGCCAAAAGAUACUAUGUCCCUGAAACAGAUCAGAGCUACACUUUAGCUGCCGAUGUUGGAUUACUAAGUAGGAACAUCAAAAUAGUUGGUGAAGAUUACCCUGGUUGGUCCAGGGACUCUUUUGGAGCACGCAUUCUUGUUGGUUCAUUCACUGGAAAUAUGAUAACCUUUAGAGGAAAUGCAAGAAUAAGCAAUGUUGAAUUUUAUCACAGUGGUCAAGAAGGCUUCCGGGAUAGCACAGAUCCAAGACAUGCGGUAACAUUCCUUAACCUAGGACAGACGCAGGAGCGGGGCUCAUCCUAUGUUCGAGGCUGUUCCUUCCACCACGGCUUCUCUCCAGCGAUCGGUGUGUUCGGCACAGAUGGCUUGGACAUAGAUGACAACGUCGUUCACUUCACAGUGGGAGAAGGCAUAAGAAUAUGGGGGGAUGCCAACAGAGUCCGGAGAAAUUUGGUUGCAUUUUCAGUUUGGCCAGGAACCUAUCAGAACAGAAAGGAUUUAACUUCAACUCUCUGGCACGCAGCCAUCGAGGUAAAUAGAGGAACUAAUACAGUUUUACAAAAUAAUGUGGUUGCUGGAUUUGGGAGAGCAGGAUACCGCAUUGAUGGUGAACCUUGCUUGAGUCAAGCUAACCCUGUAGAAAGCUGGUUUGACAAUGAAGCGCAUGGGGGUUUGUAUGGCAUCUAUAUGAACCAAGAUGGUCUUCCUGGAUGUUCCCUUAUUCAGGGCUUUACCAUUUGGACGUGCUGGGAUUAUGGAAUUUAUUUUCAGAUCUCAGAGCGUGUGCACAUCUACAAUGUGACCUUAGUGGACAAUGGAAUGGCCAUUUUUUCAAUGAUUUACAUGCCAGCUGCUGUGUCUCACAAAAUUUCCAGUAAGACAGUGAAGGUGGAGAGCUCAUUAAUUAUUGGGAGCAGCCCUGAAUUUAACUGUUCUGAUGUCCUCAGUGAAGAUGAUCCCAAUGUCGAGCUCACUGGUGCUCAUCGCAGCGUUAGACCUCCAGCAGGCGGAAGAAGUGGGAUUUGCUGGCCUACCUUUGCUUCAGCUCACAACAUGGCGCCCCGGAAACCCCACGCAGGGAUCAUGAGUUACAAUGCUAUCAGCGGCAGCCUGGACGUCUCAGAUACAACAUUUGUUGGAUUCAAGAAUGUUUGUUCAGGGGAGACUAAUGUGAUAUUCAUCACUAACCCUUUAAAUGAAGAUUUACAGCAUCCAAUCUAUGUGAGGAAUAUACAACUGGUCGACACUACUGAAUCAUCUAAAAUAUAUAUACAUAGGCCUGAUAUAAGUAAAGUGAAUCCAUCUGAUUGUGUAGACAUGGUUUGUGACGCCAAAAGGAAGUCUUUUCUUAAAGAUAUGGAUGGCUCCUUUCUGGGGCGUUCUGGCUCCGUGAUACCUCAGGCAGAGUAUGAAUGGAAUGGAAACAGCCAACUAGGAAUCGGAGACUACAGAAUUCCUAAGGUGAUGCUCACAUUCUUGAACGGAAGUAGAAUUCCUGUCACUGAGAAAGCACCUUAUAAAGGAAUUAUUAGAGAUGCAACCUGUAAAUACAUUCCAGACUGGCAGAGCUAUCAGUGCUUUGGGAUGGAAUAUGCAAUGAUGGUUAUUGAAAGCCUGGAUUCGGACACAGAAACACGACGGCUGUCGCCAGUGGCUAUAGUGAGCAACGGUUAUGUUGAUCUCAUUAAUGGCCCCCAGGAUCAUGGCUGGUGUGCAGGAUACACGUGCCAGAGAAGACUGUCCCUGUUCCAUAGCAUCGUGGCUCUGAACAAAUCUUACGAGGUUUAUUUCACUGGCACCAGUCCUCAGAAUCUUCGGCUAAUGUUGCUUAAUGUUGACCAUAGCAAGGGUGUUCUAGUUGGAAUUUUUUAUUCUACUCUUCAGCGUUUGGAUGUCUAUGUGAACAAUUCAUUGGUGUGUCCCAAAAAUACAGUAUGGAACGCUCAACAGAAACAUUGCAAACUUAACAGGCAUCUGUAUGCAGAGCAAUUUCUUCCUAAACUGAAUUCCACUAUUCUUGGUGAAAACUACUUUGACAGAACCUACCAGAUGCUCUACCUUUUGGUUAGGGGAACAACACCUGUUGAAAUCCACACGGCCGCAGUCAUAUUUGUUUCUUUCCAAUUACCUGCGGUAACAGAAGAUGACUUUUACAGCUCACAUAAUCUUGUUAGAAACCUCGCCUUAUUCCUAAAGAUACCAAGCGACAAAAUCCGAGUCAGCAAAAUAACACGAGGAAGGAGCCUGCGGAGGAAAAGGUCUCCAGGAAACUCAGUUGAAUUAGAGAUCGGAGACCCUCCUGCUCGGUCCUUAAGCAAUGACACCACAGGUCGGAUGAAACUGUCUGAACUUCAGGAAAUUUCUGGUUCUCUUGGGCAAGCUGUGAUUUUGGGAAAAAUCAGUAGUAUCCUUGGAUUUAAUAUUUCUUCCAUGUCUAUUACCAACCCUAUACCCAGCCCGAAUGAUUCUGGCUGGAUAAAGGUGGCUGCCCAGCCGGUCACCAGGUCCGCGUUUCCUGUUCACCAUGUGGCCCCAGUGUCCUCGCUCUCUGUGGUCACCCAGCCAGUGGCAGCACAGCUGGGACAGCCAUUUUCUCAGCAGCCUUCAAUCAAGGCAGUGGAUCCUGAUGGUAAUUGUGUGUCUGUUGGGAUUACUUCACUGACCUUGAAGGCUAUACUAAAGGACUCCAGCAAUAACCAAGUCAGCGGUCUCAGUGGAAAUGUAACAAUUCCAUUUAGCAGUUGUUGGGCCAACUAUACAGACCUUACUCCUCUUAGAGUAGGUAAAAAUUAUAAGCUUGAAUUUAUCCUGGAUAAUGUGGCUCAGGCAGAGUCCAGAGCUUUCAGCGUGUCAGUGCAGUCUGUUUCUGGUGGCGGCGGCAGCAGUAGCAGCAGUGGCGGUGGCAGCGGUGGCAGCCACGGCAAAGCGUCAGCUGUGGGGGCCUCUGGCUGGAUAGUGGCUGUUCUAACGAGCUGUUUGAUGGGAAGGAUGUUGAUGUUGGAAGUAUUCAUGACUGCAGCUUUUAUUCUUAACAUCGAUGUGGGAGGCAACUAAAGGACUGUUCCUCAUGAAGAUGCUGAAAAUGAAAACACAAGAAUUACUUUAUGACCUAUUUUGUUGUACUACAAUAAAAAUUCUAGAGCAUUUUCAAGAAAAUAUUCUAAAUAUUUUUUGCACUAGAAAUCAAACUGAGGACUUUGCUCUUGCCAGCAGGUGCUGUGCUGCUGAGCUAUAUCUCUGGCCUAAAAUACUUUUAUAGUAUUUAAUAUGUAUUCUUAGCUGCAAUCACAGAAGCCAGGGUUCUUUAAAAUAUAAAUUUCUUAUGAUUCUUUUUAUUUAUAUGUUCUCAUUUUACCUCAGAAACCUUCUAACAAUCUCUGAGUUGGAAACAGAUAUGCCACCUCCAAGUCACUUCAUCAUGGAGUCAGAGGAUUCUUUUGUGCUAGAGUCUGAUUUAAGAUAUUUAGAUCAUAUUGGAGGCAUUUGUGUUUUUUAAUAUAUCAGGGUGGGGAAGGGGUGAUUAUUUUUUAUCCACUGAUGAGUCUCUGACUUCUGCCUAAGUAGGUGAUUCUGAUUUCCCAGGGUUUGGUAGAAAUGAGAUUCUUAAAAC